CGACGUAUCGGUCCCGUUAAUAUCCCGGCCCCCGAGUCCGAUGCCGACAGCAGUCAUCGUUGCACCGUUCGAGGAAUUGGGAGUAUUCGUUCGCGAUCGGAGGAACGUUUAUUGAGAAAAUUGACGGCACGCAUUCGCCUGGUUAGUUUCAUAGAAAACAGAAGAUGAAGGGAGCCAAAGCUCUACUGAUAGUGGGGCUGCUUGCAGCCGCCACGAUUGCGAAGGAGGAUAAGGAAAAGGAGGACAUUGGUACGGUGAUAGGAAUUGAUCUGGGUACAACAUACUCCUGUGUCGGCGUUUACAAGAAUGGCCGUGUGGAGAUCAUAGCCAACGAUCAGGGUAACCGAAUCACGCCGUCCUACGUGGCGUUUACCACUGACGGCGAGCGGCUGAUUGGCGAUGCCGCUAAGAACCAGCUCACGACGAAUCCGGAGAACACCGUGUUCGACGCGAAACGACUGAUCGGCCGCGAAUGGAUGGACCCCACCGUGCAGCACGAUGUCAAAUUCUUCCCGUUCUCCGUUAUUGAGAAGAACAACAAGCCGCACAUCAAGGUCGAGACUAAUCAAGGAAUGAAGGUCUUUGCACCCGAGGAGAUCUCCGCUAUGGUGCUGGGCAAGAUGAAGGAAACCGCCGAGGCCUAUCUGGGUAAGAAGGUCACCCAUGCAGUAGUCACCGUGCCGGCGUACUUCAACGAUGCGCAACGACAGGCGACUAAGGAUGCCGGAACGAUCUCUGGCCUGAUCGUGAUGAGAAUCAUCAACGAACCGACCGCUGCCGCGAUCGCGUACGGUUUGGACAAGAAGGACGGCGAGAAGAACGUGCUGGUGUUUGACCUGGGCGGUGGCACCUUUGACGUCAGUCUGCUCACCAUUGAUAACGGUGUGUUUGAAGUCGUUGCUACUAACGGUGACACGCAUCUGGGAGGUGAGGACUUCGACCAGCGUGUGAUGGAUCAUUUCAUCAAGCUGUACAAGAAGAAGAAGGGCAAGGAUAUCCGCAAGGACAACCGAGCUGUGCAGAAACUGCGUCGUGAAGUCGAAAAGGCGAAACGAGCGCUCAGCGCUAGCCAUCAGGUCAGAAUCGAAAUCGAAUCGUUCUUCGAGGGCGAGGACUUCUCCGAGACGCUGACCCGUGCGAAAUUCGAGGAGCUGAACAUGGAUCUCUUCCGCAGCACAUUGAAGCCUGUGCAGAAAGUCUUGGAAGAUUCCGACAUGAGCAAAAAAGACGUGGACGAGAUUGUCCUGGUUGGUGGUUCAACCAGGAUCCCGAAGGUUCAGCAAUUGGUCAAGGAGUUCUUCGGUGGCAAGGAACCGUCACGGGGUAUUAAUCCCGACGAGGCUGUUGCUUACGGUGCCGCUGUACAAGCCGGUGUACUGUCCGGAGAGCAAGAUACUGAUGCCAUUGUACUUCUCGACGUUAAUCCCCUCACCUUGGGAAUCGAGACUGUUGGCGGUGUGAUGACGAAACUUAUUCCAAGAAACACCGUUAUUCCGACGAAAAAAUCGCAGAUCUUCUCCACGGCCUCCGACAGCCAGCACACCGUCACGAUUCAAGUGUACGAGGGCGAGCGUCCGAUGACCAAGGACAACCAUUUGCUCGGCAAGUUUGAUCUGACCGGCAUUCCACCGGCGCCGCGCGGCAUACCGCAGAUCGAGGUCACCUUCGAAAUCGAUGCGAAUGGUAUCCUGCAAGUGUCGGCCGAGGAUAAGGGCACCGGCAACCGCGAAAAGAUCGUUAUCACAAACGAUCAGAACCGUCUGACGCCUGAUGACAUCGAACGGAUGAUCAAGGACGCGGAGAAGUUCGCUGACGACGACAAGAAGCUGAAGGAGCGCGUGGAGGCGCGCAACGACCUCGAGUCGUACGCGUACUCGCUCAAGAACCAGCUGGCCGACAAGGAGAAGCUCGGCUCGAAGGUGAGCGACGCGGACAAGACCACGAUGGAGGAGGCGAUCGAGGAGAAGAUCAAGUGGCUGGAGGACAAUCAGGACACCGAACCGGAGGAGUACAAAAAGCAAAAGAAGGAGCUCACCGACAUCGUGCAGCCGAUCAUUGCGAAACUGUAUCAGGGCGCGGGCGGCGGCGUUCCGCCCACCGGUGGUGACGAGGAAGAUCUCAAGGACGAGCUUUAACUGCGAGCCAGCAAUCCGCCCGUUUCGGCUCGCGGUACAGACUGAUUACUCGCCUCCCCGAGCAAAUACCUUAUAGAAGUGUCACGUCGAUGUAUCACGAGAGGCUUAAGCGAAACUCAACACUCGCGGAGUCACGUUCGUGCCGUACAUUUAACUGAGGGUGGCUUUUGAGGGUCUAAGUUUUACUUAGACAAUAUGUAGCGUUAUAUAAAUAUAUACAUUAUCUGUAAAUUUAAGACCUAGGUUAAGGAAAGUACUUGCAAUUAAAUGUACGGCGAGGACGUAAGUUUUCGUCGUUAAGUCUAUGUAUAUUUGAGGAAAGUGCGAGGAAAGGCAAAUCGAAAAGUUGGCAGGUUUUUCGAACACAUUUCAUAGUUGCGCUUAGAAGAGGAUACGUUAGAGAUAUAUAUAUAUAUAUAUAUUCUGGUUAAUAUAUAUAUGUAUGUAUAAAUAUAUUAUUAAUUUUUUAAUAGGUUCAGCGUUUUCUCGCAUUUUCUUUAGCCACAAAAAGCUGUCUUAUACAAGCCAGUCGCUCGGGCAAUUAGGUGUGUGUCUGGAAAAAGCGUCCUGCGUUCGAUUAAAUCACGAUAAGACGAGACCUUAACGAAACUAAGGUAUUUCAGUGCAACAGAUAGUUCAUAAGUGAUUCUUGAAACAUUUACUUUCGUUUUAUUCGUAAUUUACUCGAUUGCCGGGACUCGUCUGACAAAUCUUGCAUUAACACGUUGCCAAUGUAGCAAUCAAUUGUAAUCAUCAUCGGCUGUUCUACAUCACGUUUGUCCAGGAGGAAUGUGUCAUCUCAACCCUCUUGAUGAAAGAAUCAGCUAACGAGACAGGUCAGGGAGGGAUCUUUCCGACGCUCUUCUGGUUCCACCCUGUGACACACACACAUAACACACAUAUAUAUAUACACACACAUAUAUAUACACACACAUAAUUACCCUCUCCAUUGCGUCGUUAAUUUAUUUUGAAUUGUUUUAUAUGUUCCAUUAAGUGUAAUGAUCGAAUAAUCGGUUAAUUGCGCGGAGUAAAGCGUAUUGAAGAUUUGUUCGCGAGAUAUGCCCAUGUACGACUGAAAGAGAAUGAAUGAUGUGCGCAAGUAUGCGUGGCCUUGUAACUCGUAUACUGCCACACUGAGUUACAUUUGUACUGUGUACAAUGUAGCCGAGUUAACGUGUGUGACUGCUAUAUGUAACUGUAUUCGCAAGAAUAAAGAUUUUUUCAGUAAAUUGUA